AUGGGGUACAUCUACCACGAGCGGCAGUUAGGCGGCUUAUGUGGUGUGCACUGCCUCAACAACCUGCUGCAGGGUCCUGCUUUUGGGCCCGGCGACUUGGCAGAGAUCGGAGUACACUUGGAUCAGCAGGAGCGCGCUCUGGUCCGAUCCCAAAGUUCACAAAGCCAAGGUGGUGCUGGUCUCGAAGGGCAGCCCUACAAUGUUGACAGUUCAGCAGAUGGUGGGAACUUCAGCAUUCAGGUGUUGACCGUCGCGCUUGAGCGAUACCAUCUGGAGCUAGUGCCAUCAAGGCAUCCUGAUGCCAAGGAAAAGAUGCAGGAUCCUGCCAGCGCAACUCAGGCAUUUCUGUGCCAAUAUCAUGACCACUGGUUCGCCAUCCGGAAGGUGCUGGAUGGGUGGUGGAACCUAAACUCCACCAGGAAGAGGCCAGCGCAAGUUGGUCCUUUCUACUUGGCUGCCUGGUUGGCACAGCUCCAGGCGGAGGGCUACACCAUCUUUCUUGUCCUCGGUUCUUUCCCAGAGCCAACGCAACCGUCCACAGAUGACCAACACGGGAUGGAGAACUUCCAUGCAGUGGCUGACCUGUUGGAGAAGGCCAAGAGCUCUGGUGGAAAUCCCGUGAUGAACGAGCCCGACUCUGACGAAGAAGGGUUGGCUGACUUUGUGGAGUUCUCCGAGCCCAUCCUGGAGACCCACAGCCGGGUCUCUUUGGCAGACGCCUGUGCUUCAAUGCGGGAGAUGGGCUUCGAGAAGCCGCAGAUCGACAUCGCCCUUCAGCUCGGUGCCCAUGACGGUGAGGUGGCGUCGCAAUUCUUGGCCAUAAUGCAUCCAAUCGAGAACCCGGAGGUCGGCACGAACCCUGAGGUUUGGGCCAGGGAGAUGCAGGCAUGCAUUCUCGGCCUGGAUAUGGUCAAUGCUUCCAUGGACAUUGUGGUGCAGGGGCUGCUGCGCAUCGGAACGCUGUUAAGCUAUCCGCAGGCGCUGAUGCGACGAGCUUUUGAGGACCCCAACCUGAAGUUUGACCUGCAGGCUGGAGGCCAAGUGUUUAGGUGA